AUGAAUCCUCGCUCUUCCCUGAGUCGUGUAUUGUCGAACCUUCGAACAAAUGGCUUGCAACCCAGAAGGAUCCCCGGCGAUGUUCCAGAGAACAGUCGUCCGUUGGCAGCGUCUACAUCAACCCGCGAAAGAGCUGCGCCAAGAAUCCAUGAGCUAUCGAGCACCGAGAGCAGUUCCAGAAUAUACUCUCCCACAACUCGCAUUGCGGGUGAAUACCCGCUGCCUUUAAUCGUUUCUAGAGCACGUGAUCGACCAUCUACAAAUCGAACAACGAGUACCUCGAUGCUCGGCGGAUCUGGAUCAGAACGCCUCAACUAUACAAAUCCUAGGGCCAGAAAUGUUGACAGAACUCGGCGUCCCAGUGAUCGACUUGAACCCUACACAUUGAGUAUCGCAAGAGGAACACGUUGUACCUCGCGUGCAAGUUUCUCAGACAACCUCGAUGAGACACCCUCUGAUGCGCGCACUACAGUUGGCGCUAAUUACGCUUCAUGUGUACGACCCAUGAGAGAUGCUAAUCGCGUCUAUACUCCGACACUAUAUGAUCCUUUGCCAGCUGCACCAGGCAGAGGCUAUCCCUUUGCCGCGAAUCCCAGUUCAGUCUAUGUUCCGAGAAGAACUAGGCCUUUCCCGCUUGUAACAGCAACAGAUCCGCCAGAUACCGGUCGAGUCUACACUCCGAGAAGAGAAACUUAUCGCCCGCGUGUAACAGUUACAAGCUCUUUCAAUUUCAGAAAUCCCACCCCCGUUUCUACUCACAACAGUGAACAAGCACAAACGACUCCUGACAUCAACUCACCACAAGUUCCAGAGGCAUCAACCACCGUCGGCACAAACGAAUGCCCCAUCUGUCUCUCUCCAUUUCCCGCUCCUCCCAAUGCCGUCCUCGUGCACCCAUGCAACCACGAAUUCUGUCUUGUAUGUAUCCAGACCUGGAUCCAAACCCAACGGCAAAGACCCAAUGCCCAACCUGUAAACUGUCCCUUCUGUCGGGGUCCCAUUAACAGAAUCAUUGACCGGGAUGGAAAUGUUGUAGAGUAUCAGAGAAACAACGUCCCAGAUGCCAUUACGGAAGCUCGGGAAAGAUUGAGAAGAGUGUUUGGAGGUGCAGUUGCGAAUGUUGCUGAUCCAACUCCAAGAGCUUCGAGCACAAUGGGUGGUGUGGGUGCAUUUGGUGAGCUCAGAAGAACAUUGAGUAGGGUGGGACCUGCGGGAAAUAUUAGUGAACAGGUUGCAAGAGUACGAGAAAGAUUGGAUAAUGCAGAUGCAGAUUCGAGCCGUCCGGCAGAUUCGAGUCGUCCGGCAAACCCACUUGAUCUACCUAACGGGGCUUUGGGCUGGUGGACUUGA